AUGGUUGGAAUAGAGUUCAUUGACUACUUGUCGAAGCUACGUGUGAACGAUUUCCUCGGAGUAGAGGAUUUCGCGGAUAAGAUGAGCUUCAUGUACUCGGUUUUGAUUCUGUUGCUGAGUACUACAGUCAUCGCGGUUAAGCAAUACUUGCUCGCCAGCAUUGCUUGCUAUAUACCCACAGUGCCGUCUGGGAAGGACUUUGAUAAGUUUUUGCAAAAUUUUUGUUGGGUUCAUGGAACAAUUCCCCUUUUGGAAGGAGAACACAUCCCUCAAAAUUACUCGGAAUGGCAUGAGGCUGACCAAAAUUUGAGGAUUAACUACUAUCAGUGGGUACCUUUCAUGCUUGGUCUGCAGUGCAUCCUUUUCUACAUCCCACGCGUCGUCUGGCAGAUCAUCUGUUACAACCGCACGGGAACUGACCUAGAACACCUCGUCACCGUUGCAAACAACGCGAGUAAUACGAUUGAGAAUGACCGCAAAGGACUCGUUAAACAUGUCGCUGCAACAAUGGAGGAGAUGCUCUUCCAACACCGUGACUAUCGCCACGGAAAAGUGGCUGAUGCCCGCCGAAAGGCUUUCAAGCUGUGUGGAAUGUUUGUUGCUAGCAAGCGUCUUGGAACGUGGCUCAUCUUCACCUAUCUUUUUAUCAAAUGCAUCUACUUAGCAAACGCAAUCGGCCAGUUGUACCUAAUGCAAACCUUCCUUGGUUUCAAUAAGUCGAUGGGUAACUUCGGCUACGAGGUAGCAAAGUAUAUGAUUGAAGGUCGUGACUGGGACGAGACAAGGAUAUUUCCUCGUGUCUCCUUUUGCUAUCUUGAGCAUGUUCGCCAUCUUGGCACAACAAAUCGGUAUGUGGCUCAAUGCGUCCUCCCCGUGAAUAUGCUAAAUGAGAAGCUCUAUAUCUUCUUGUGGUUCUGGACGGCUAUCGUUGCAGUCUGUACGGCUAUUUCAAUCCCACUUUGGAUUGUACGCCUGGGUCGCGAGAAAAACAGGACCCACUUCAUCAAAAAGUUCCUUAGACUUCAGGAGAUAUAUACCACCGAAGACAGGGAAAUUUUGCACAACUUUAUUUGCGACUUUUUACGUCACGAUGGCGUCUUUUUGCUGCGCAUGAUUUCUAUGAAUGCUGGUGACGUUGUGACUUCUGAUGUGGUUGUUGAAAUGUGGAAUAUUUACAGAACAAAGUACAAGAACAGGACCAUGCUGAAUGACAUUGCACGUGAUAUUAUUGCUCAAAGACUGCUUGAAUCGGGUGGUGAGACUACCCAGCGUAGAGUGCCGUACGAGAAGAAUUCUAAGUAUCAGGUGGCCACACUCAUAGGUAUUCAGGAUUGGGCCGACCGCAUGAGUUAUGCGCACAGCACCAUCAUUUUCCUAUUGUGCACGGCUAUCGUCUCAGCAAAAACCUACAUCCUGUCGCCCCUGGCUUGCCACGUGCCCACUGUUCCAUCGGGCUCGGAUUUCGACUCCUACUUCGACUCCUAUUGCUGGGUGCAUGGAACUACGCCGAUUCGCAUGAACGAGACCAUUCCAGAAGAUGAUGUCGCCUGGACUGAGUUUGAAAGAGAAAGGAAAAUAACGUACUACCAAUGGGUUCCGUUCAUCCUGGGGCUUCAGACUAUCUUGUUCUACUUGCCUCACGUCGCCUGGCAAAAUAUCACCUUUAAUCGCCUUGGAGCGGAUCUCACGGCUAUAAUCGUGAAAGCGAUGGAUGCUCUGAAGACAACGUCGCCAUCCAAACGCGAAACAAUGGUCGCAAAUGUGGCCAAACGACUUGAGCUUCUACUGUUUGCCCAUCGUGACUUCCGACGUGGAAAGAAAGCUGCUCUUAAACGUCGUCUCCACGCCGCGUGUGGCAUUUUUCUGGUCAGCAAACGAAUGGGAACCUGGACCGUCUUCUCUUAUCUUUGUAUCAAAAUUCUCUACCUUGUAAACGCAGUUGGUCAACUCUACUUGAUGAAGCAUUUCCUUGGCUAUGGAGAGGAUAUGGUUGGCUUCGGUCUGACAAUUGCCCAUUCCCUGGUAGCGGGAAUUAAGUGGCGUGAGUCCCUUUUCUUCCCCCGUGUUGCCUUCUGCAGUGUCACAGUUCGCCACCUGGGUCAGAAAACUAAUCGUUACAUGGGCAUGUGUGCGCUAGCUAUCAACAUGUUAAAUGAGAAGCUUUACGUCUUCCUGUGGUUCUGGACCCUCGCAGUUGCUAUAGCAACGUUUGUCAGCCUCAUCAACUGGUUCCUUCGCCUGGCAGUCAGACGACGGCAGGCUAGUGUCAUCCGUAAGUACCUCAAGUUGGCCCCGAUCGUUGACAAGCCAGAAAAGGAAGGUAGCAUUACCCCACUUUCCCUUUCUGAGAGUUUGGAUCCAGGACGGCCAGACACAGUGGAACGCUUCAUCCACGAAUUCCUUCGACUGGAUGGCGUUUUUAUUGUUCACAUGCUCACUAUGAACGCAGGUGAUGUAAUCACUGGAGAGGUGAUCCGUCUGUUGUGGCACACUUGGGUAACAAAAUAUGCUGAUAAGAAGGACUUUGGCAACGAUCCUUGGAUCGAAUUUGAGUAUCCAGAGGAAGAGGAGAUGGACGAAAUCGACAAAGCGAAGAUGGAGUUAGCAGAAAGGGAGAAAAGCCUCUAG